ACAACUCAACCUAGUCCGGUUGGUUGUUAAUUCUCCUCUCCUCCCGCCUUUGGCUGCUGCGUGGGGUAUUUUUGUAUUUUGCGGUGAAAUUCUCCCAGAGCGUUCUCUAGCUGCGGGUUUUAUCUAUUGGUUGCUUGUAUCCUUGGAUACACGAGGAUUGGCAUCCUAUCCGGCUACUUGCUAAGAAGCGUUACGUAUAUAACUACCCCCUCAUGCCCGGCUGGCAUGUUCCCUUUCUCGCAGUCUUUCUUGACAUGCUGCUGCAACCUGUUCUUGCGCGUCCCACGCCUCCUACCGGAUCGGAUCAAAAGUCUCAGCGUCCGGUUUUUCCAUAACUAUAUGAAUGCGUCUUGUGACCCGGGACUGUCAUCGCAUCCAUUUCGUCAUCCCUUCAACCUGAUAGCCCGCCAGUUUGUCCACUCUUCUCCUGUGUCCGGUUGCCGGUCCUCAAUAAUAACAUUAAGUAGACAUCGUGGGCUGUCAUCAUAAAUACUAUACGUUUUGGGGAGGCUGCGAAAUCAUAUUUCCUGCUGCUUGAGGAAGUUUUGCCGGCGCAUCUCUCCAGCCAGUCAAAGUCGCAUUUGAGCCAGGCAUUGGUGCCAAAAGUCUCCAGAGAGCUCAUUCAUUUGCCUUUUUGUGUGGAAUAGUGCAUUGUUUAUAUUGACCGUUUCUUCUUGACGUGUUUAUUUCUGCCCUUUGAGUCUACUCUUCUUUUUUAUUUCCUUUUGUUUUUUAUUUUAUUUUUGUCACUGAACGAGCAGUUGCAGUUUAUUUCUGUUCUUAAUGCGAUGUAUAGUGGAUAGCAGUGGUUACCAUUCUCUAUUAACGGUUUACAUGGGGCCUCGUCUUCCUCUAUCCGACGGAAUGCCAUGGUAGAAAUCAACGACCAAACCGCGCUGCUGGCAUGCCCUGAUGCAGAUGGCCGCGGGGAUCAACAUGUCGGAUCAAGAACAUCUAUAUCACUUGAUAUUGGGGCCUCUAGUAGGCGCCGGUGGUCUCAUUUUGACAGAAAACAUACCGCUUUCUCACUGAGGGAACGCUGCGUUACUGUCUCCGUUGUGCUAUGCUUGAUGCUGAUAUGCACGGUGUUUAUUUACGCAUUCGUUGUCCGUAAUUCUGGUCGCGACCUGGUAUGCAGCACAGUGCAAAAUGGAUACCAAUGCCACCAAAAGUACUCCCAAUCAUGGGGCCAAUAUUCUCCUUUCUUUUCUCUGCAAACUAUCUCAGAGAUAUCUCCACAGGUUCCCAUUGGUUGCACUAUUACUUUCGUCCAAGUUCUCUCGAGACAUGGAGCAAGAUAUCCAACCGAAAAAAAGUCUGCGAUUUACUCGCAACUCAUUAAGCGCAUCCAGGAUCGUACAGAGACAUACCUUGGAGAUUUCGCAUUUCUAGAAUCCUUCACUUAUCCUCUGCAAUCUGAAGAUCUUACGUCAUUUGGGGUGUCUCAGAUGAUAGACUCUGGAACUAAAUUCUACCGUCGUUAUCGGCACCUAACCAAAGAAUCCAACAUUUUUAUCCGAGCAUCAGGCUCUCCACGGGUAAUCGUGUCUGCAGAGAAAUUCAUCGACGGCUUCCAUCAAGAGAAACUAUCUGACCCGUCUGCAACCGAUAAAUCCCGCAAACCGUCUAUCGGCGUGGUAAUCAGCGAAGAACCGGGCUCCAACAAUACUCUAGACCACGCCAACUGCAACCUCUUUGAAGAUGCCAAACCAGGCCUAGUUGCACAGGCAGAGUUCACAAAAGUCUUUGCGGCCCCAAUCCUGAAGCGCGUCAACUCCCACCUUAUCGGCGCGAACCUCGACAUCGCUGACAUCCCCUACCUAAUGGACCUCUGCUCUUUCCACACCGUCGCCAUCACCCCAGACGCAAGCACCAUCUCUCCCAUCUGCACCCUCUUCACCGACGAAGAAUGGACCCAAUACGACUACUACAACACCCUAGGAAAAUACUACGGGCACAGCACUGGAAACCCACUCGGCGCCAGCCAGGGCGUCGGCUUUGUCAACGAGCUCAUAGCCCGCCUAACAAACACGCCAGUCACAGACUCCACCACCGUCAACCAUACGCUCGACUCUAGCCCACACACCUUCCCACUAGACCUGCCCCUCUACGCAGACUUUAGCCACGAUAAUACCAUGGUAUCCAUCUUCACAGCCCUGGGGCUCUUCAACGGCACGGUGCCCCUCCCCAACACGACCGUGCGCAGUCCGGCGGAGAGCAAGGGCUUUUCCGCCGCCUGGAUGGUCCCGUUUGGCGCCAGGGCGUACAUAGAGAAGAUGGAAUGUGAUUCGACGCCUAUGGCGAGGGAGCCGCUGGUUCGGGUGCUGGUUAAUGACCGCGUCGUGCCAUUGCAUGGGUGUAAAGUUGAUGCGUUGGGGAGGUGCCGGUUGGAGGACUUUGUAGAGGGGUUGAGCUAUGCGAGGGGAGGGGGGGAUUGGGGGAAGUGUUUUAUUUGAAAUUCUUUGUUCUCUUUCUUUUUUAAAAAAAUCAAAUGAACGGGUACGGUGAUGGGAGUUAAGGGACCUGGUCCAGGAGGGAUUUGUCUCCUUUUUAUUUAUUUUACCCCUUUUUUUCCUUUUCCAUUUUUUGCGUUGCAUCGUCCCCUGAUGAUGCUUCGACUAAACCCUGCCUCUACCCCGGCCUCUUCCGUUGUUUUUCAACCUUUCCGUGAUAUUGGCACAAACUGGCUGUCCGUACCCCUGUCCCCCUGCUUUCCCCCUUCUUUUCUUUUCUUUUCUUGUCAUUUUUUUUUUUUGUAUGUUCCUAGCAUGUUAAUGUUUCAUGUCCAUGUUGCACGGCCUCACGACUUUUCACGUUUCAGCAAAGACGAUCUGGGUAUACAACGAAUCCAAUCUACACCACCGAUAGAGAGAUAAACAAAAGACGAUUUUUCUUAAGAUAACUCGUUUUAUUUUUAUUUUUAUUUUUAUUUUUUUGCCGAUAAACUUAUUAAAUAUUGAUGCGCAGCAGGCACUCUGUUUUGAUUAGGUACCGUCCCACGGAUAAAACAUAGUUAUUGACAUCAGAACUAGUUUGUUAACAAAAGAUCACAUGCCAUCUUUGGUGGGCUUUUUUCUCUUCAAAAUAAUUACACUUAAUUCUCACGGACAUAAUACACAUGACUCAUCUAUAUCAUACAUGGAUAGGUGCUUGUUUAGCUGCCAGUUCUUCGAGAGGGGAAAAGGGGGUCCGGGUGGAUCGAUAGAUCUCGCACCAUAUAAAUGUGGAAGGUGUAAAGCUUUCUUGAUUGAAAAGGUUGCUAGCUGUGAGAAGUUAUUGUUGGCCGUUACGGCCGUUGCGGUUAGCGAUCCCACUAGAUCACAUGACCCACCACUAUAUUAUGUUCUUGUAGAUAGAUCUAUCAAUACAAUCUUCAACUAUUCUACAGAUUAUAGCCUGAAUGAUA